CUUGUCUAUCAUUUUGACUUGUGUGUGUACAUAUUUCCGAAAGAGAAUAAGGACUCUUAUUUAUUAUUAUUUUUAUUUUACUGUCUACACCCCAGGUCUAUUAUUAAAAGGCACAAGCAGACCUCCCCCAGUUUCUGUAGGAAGUGAGACCUUUUGGGGUUCCUUACGGUAGAGAGGAUAUCCAAGACAGGAGAUCUUGAGAGAGAGAGAGAGAUGGGAAGGGCUCCUUGUUGUGACAAGGCGAAUGUGAAGAAGGGACCAUGGUCACCAGAAGAAGACUCGAAGCUUAAAGAGUACAUAGAGAAAUAUGGGACUGGUGGCAAUUGGAUUGCUCUACCUCAGAAAGCUGGGCUGAAGAGAUGUGGCAAGAGUUGUAGAUUGAGAUGGCUAAACUAUCUGAGGCCCAACAUUAAACAUGGUGAAUUCUCUGAUGAGGAGGAUAGGGUGAUCUGCAGCCUGUUUGCAAACAUUGGAAGCAGAUGGUCAAUAAUAGCUGCUCAGCUACCAGGAAGGACCGAUAAUGAUAUCAAGAAUUACUGGAACACCAAGCUCAAGAAGAAACUCAUGGCCAUGGCUCCUCAAUCUCAAAGAAAAACCCCACCAUUCCCAUCUUCAGAUCAAACUGAUCCACCAUUACCAUCUCAUUCACUGUUAUCAAUCUAUAAAGACUCUGGUGGCUCUUUCUCUUAUUACUCCCAGAACAAAUCUUUCACUGGCUUUGAUCCCAUUUCACAAAUUCCAUCCAGUCUUUUAAGCAACAACAAUGUUUCUUUUGCCACAAACUCUUUACUUUUCCAACCCACCAGCCAAGAGGGAUUGUUCAGUCCCAUGCAAUACUAUCAUCCAGCUGUGAAAGAUAAUUUCUUGGUGUUUGGUAGUGAAGCAAGUUGCAGUUCUAAUUCUGAUGGGAGUUGCAGCCAGAUAAGCUAUGGCAGAUAUGAGAUCAAACAAGAAGAUAUGGGAUUUCACAGCUUGAUGUCAAAUAAUGGGUAUGAAAAUUAUCAGAACCAAAAGUUCAUGCUAAGUUAUGGCAACCACGGAGUUGAAAAUCUGAAUCAAUGGGUAGAGAAGCCAAAUGGAAAUACUGGAGAAACCCCAUCGGACUAUGACCUCGUUGAGGAUGUCAAGCAACUGAUUAGCAGCAGCAGUAAUAAUAAUAUUAUUCCGUGUAAUGACAGCCUGCUCAUUGAUGAAAACAAGACGCAAGAGAAGGUCAUGUACUACUACUGAAUGAAAUGAUAUGUAUGGACUGACUGGAAGUAAAAUCAAGAAAGAUUUGACGGGGUAAGGUGGAGAGAUUUCAGACAAGACUUUGAGUUCCUGGAGGAUUGUGUUGUUUCCUCUGAUGAUUACAUGUAACAUUUCUUCUUUUGACAGUACAUUGUUUUGUAAAGCUUUCCUUUUCUUUCUAUUUUUUCCUUGUGCUUUUUAUGGUAGGGUGAUAGAUCUAGCUUUCUAGUUGACGAUGAUGAUCAUAGUUAUGUGUUAAUUUGUACGGUCUCUCAGUCAGAUUUAAGAGUUAUAAAACUAGCAAAAAAAAAAAAGUAUAUUAAAAUAAUAA